UCCUUGCAAACAACCCGCGGGCCGCGCGCCCUUAUAUCAUCGUUGGCCCCGCGCUCGAGCCGGUUCUGCCAAGAUGGAUAAAACGGGCGACCGGCAGCAGGAGGAGGAUGGCUUCGGCGCGCGUCUUCGAAGACUCUCGGCAAAGUGCUUGCAGAUGCUGUUCCACGCCGCACUCGUGGCCGCCCUGGUGGCACUUCCCUGCUCCUGGGCAAAGGUGUUCGAGAAAUGCGAGCUGGCACGGGAGCUUCUCUAUGUGCACGGAUUCCCCGAAGACCAGAUACCGCAGUGGGUGUGCAUCGCCGAGCAUGAGAGCCUCUUCAACAGCAGCGCAGUCGGCCACAUGAACUGGGACGGCAGCGCAGACCACGGUCUCUUCCAGAUCAACGACCGGUACUGGUGCAGCCCGCCUGGACCUAAGAACGAAUGCUACAUUGACUGCGCCGACCUCGAGGAUGACGACAUAACUGACGACGUUGAAUGCGUGCGCCUCAUUUAUAAGAGGCACGGAUUCUCCGCCUGGGCCGUGUGGAGGGGCCUCUGCAGAGGAGUCAACUACAGCAAUUACUUAAACGAAUGCAUUUCCGGCAAAGUCGGAGCCGUCAACUCAGUCCUCUGGAAUUACGGGAGGAAAUAGAAA